AUGCCCUCCCCAUAUAUUCACACGAAAUGCCUGGGGAAUAUACUGCGUGUGGAUGUUCGUCCACAUCCUGGGCAACAUCUGGAAGUUUCUGUCGUUGUUUCUAACUCUGCUGUUAAGCUUACGCAAAGUUUGGCAAAGCGAUGUGGAUUCAGUAUGACACACAAGCAAGGAACCAUCAUGAUCUACGUCUCCCUUCACAAUUGUUUUGCUCAAAACCUGGGGGAUGGGUUCACAACUGUGUUAAAUCUCAGGUUCUAUUCUAAGUCAAUGGUUCAAGAUGAGGUGUACCAGGUAGCUGAAACCUGCCACUACAGGGCGCAGGCCUCCAGGGAGAUAGUCUGUGACCGCAACUAUAUGGAGGUGUCUGUGAAAAGGGCCCUUCCAGAUGAUUACGCCCUGCCGCUACAUGCUGUUCCCAAGGAGAAGAAACUGAUUGACUCUGGAUUCAAAAUCUCAUCGCUGGUGUUCUUCACGCCUGAGGAGAAAAAGAUGACUCUGCAAGAGGCUCACAAAGCUGGCUAUGGGGUCGCCAACACCGCCAGCAGGUUUAUCCUGCGAAGUUGCAAGUCCGCACCUGAGACGUACAUUCAACACGUAGGAGGAGUGCCCAUGUCUGUGCUGCAAGCCUCUGCCAUCCUUGAAAAGAAGUGGUUCAAAAGACAGAUUGACACAGCAGCUGCUUGUCCAGUGCUAGAAGGAAGCGUUUACUUCACAGCUAACGUGAUCAGCUGGUUCCUGCCCACACGCAUCGACCCGCUCAUUUCCUCAAAGGUCAGACUUCUGGAGGUGCACGUUGGCUUGGACGGAAGGAGGCUGGAUCCCGCCGAGAUGUCGGCCCGACGUUACAACUUGACUGUCGACAACAAGUACAUCUUGGUCCAAAUUCCCAUUGGGGCACCUGGCGGCUUCUUUAUGAGUCUCGUCCGGAAUAAUCAAUAUUUGGUCUGUUACGUGAUUGAGCCCAUGCUUGAGUUGCUAUGGAUUGAGGAAGCCACCAAUGAGGACACGAGAUACAAAGUGCUCCUCCCCAUCAUGACUCCACCAGAACCUCAACCCUUAAAACUGCAAGACGACACUGUUCCUGAGGAGAAUGUGUUCAAAGUGACGAUUGGACCGUUGGCAUCUGACGUGGUUCUGCUCAACGUAACCUUCGACAAUGAGCUCCUGUCCGUCCACGACUGCAACGAGCGAGGCUUCAACGUGCAGGAGCGCCGCUCACAGAGCAGCGGCUUAAAGUUCAUCUCGCUCCAAGUGCCCUUCGCAGACCGGCUUGUUCAACAGACGAAAGAAGCAAGAUUUACAGUUUACUCGCUGCACCUGACUUUUGGCCUGGUGGUCCUGCCCAAGAUGAUGCCAUUUUGUCACACUGCUCAUCUGCAAGCUAGAUUAGCUGAUGAAACUCUUCAAAGCCCAACGGUGUCUGGAGGCCUGCCUUUGGCUUCCGGCGGCUGCGACGCUGAGAACUUCUACAUUCUCGUGCAAUACGGAACACAAGGCCACAACUUCCAAACUAAUCUAGGGAAAGUCAUUUUGACCAGGAGUCUGGCUCAGGAGUACGGCUUCACCAGCAACGGAACACACUUCAGCAUAGUGGUACCAUUUUCGUCCCCUGUCGUCGUCUAUGAGGCUAUCGAGGGGUCAUCUAUCCGGAGCACACUUGAUGUAACACUGAUAAAUCCGGAAAACAACCACGAUCUCAAUGCCUUCACUCUGACUUGUCUCUUUCACUCAACACUCACAGAGUGUUUACCCAACGGAACCAUGACUGCUCUCGCGGUCAAACUGGCGUCUGUCCCCGGCCUGAACCCCAGUCAGCUGACCCUACUCGACCCGACGUGUGGGCCGGUCUACAGCAACGACCGCUACGCCUACUUCGUCUUCACUGGAAACACCUGCGGCACCACCAGGAAGUUCUUAUCUAAUGUAAUGCUGUAUGAGAAUGAAAUCUCCCUGCCAGAUCACCUUGUAUGGCCUAAAAGAAAUGUCUCAAAUGAUGAACCUCAAUAUAUCUUAAGCAUUUCCUGUUACUAUGAAGUCAACGCAAGUCACUCCAUGGCCUUCCACACCAGACCUCGCAGGAAUGUUCCGUACGCCGAAAACAGGAGAGGCGAGCUGCAAGUGGUACUGAGGCUUGCUGUGGAUGACUCCUACAGUGUGUUUUAUAGCACCGCAGACUACCCUAUCUCAAAGUACCUGCAACAGCCGCUGUAUUUUGAGGUGGCGCUCAGAUCAACCAAUCCAAAAGUGUCAUUGGAGCUGGAGACCUGCUGGGCCACAGUUGACCAGGACAGAAGAUCUAAGCCUACAUGGAAUCUAAUCAUAAAUGGCUGUGCAAACUCAGUGGAGCCAUACCAGGUAAUCUUCCAUCCUGUGUGGGAAGACAACAGAGUGGAGUAUCCAUCCCACGUAAAGCGCUUUGCGGUCCACAUAUUAGCCUUUGCUCAAGACCAGGACAACUUGAAUAAGCAGCUCUAUGUCCACUGUGAUGUGAAGAUUUGUGACUCGAGAAAUCAUCUAAGUGAAGCAUGCAAGAAGAGUUGGUGUUACGGCCAGGACAACAGGAUUAAAGGUGGGAAACUAUUUGUUUAA